CAUCCGGCGUUCUCUGCCCUGAGGCUUGGGCUUCCUAAUAACUUGCAACCAAGAUCCCCAUAGAAAUUCCGUACUAACGAAAAAAAACGUCCUUAAUGUUCACACGGCGCGCACUUGCAAUAACCGUGAUAUUAUUAGGCGUGUUCCUCUUCUGUACAUUCACUGUACUCACAGCCCUGGCCAGCUACUAUGCUGUACCGUCAGAUGCACUCCUACACCCGUAUCCCGUCGAUAUGCCAGCUUUUCCACAGAAUCCUCACCAGCAACCGAGUGAUAUCACAAAUGCAACUUGGGGUGAAUACGAUGGUUUUGCUUAUCACGUAGAGCCACGUAGAGACAAGAACGAGACUAUUCCGAGGAUUUUACACUGGACUUGGAAGGACAACAACCUCCCAGAAAUGUGGAGAGUUGUUAGGGACGGCUGCAUGGACAUGCACAGCGAUUACGAGCAUAUCUUGUGGACAGACGCGAUGUCUCUCGAAUUUCUAGAAAAGGAAUACCCUUGGUUUGUCCCCACUUUCAAGAGUUAUCCAUACAACAUACAGCGCGCAGAUAGCAUACGCUACUUUAUUCUCUAUCAUUACGGAGGUACUUAUAUAGAUCUCGAUAUUGGUUGCAGAAGACGCAUCGAUCCUCUCCUCCAAUAUCCAGUCGUCCUCGCCAAGACAAUCCCAGUAGGCGUUUCAAAUGACUUGAUGUUCUCUGAGCGCAAGAGUUCAUUUAUGGAAAGUGUGAUACACAACUUGCAGACGUUCAACCACAAAUACUUCACACACUACCCAACUGUUAUGUUCUCUACGGGACCUAUGUUUAUUUCAACAAUCUACGGUUUUUGGAUGGGAAAUCACCCUGAUGUCAUACACGAUAGGGACGCUGUCCGUGUCAUUCCAAAGAGUCUUUACGGCAAGAACGCCAAGGAUGGAACCGUGCCAGAUAGCUUCUUUGAUCAUUAUUACGGCUCUAGUUGGCACGCAGAUGAUGCUGGAUUUAUUACUUUCCUUGGUAGAUGGGGCAGAGGUUUGCUCCUCAUUGGUGGAUUCGUACUCUUCAUUGGUAUCCUCAGAUUAGUCUUUUUCAGAAGACGUGGUACCAGCGGAUUGCGCCAAAACCAUCAAUUCCCACCUCCUGCGUAUUUCUUCCCUGAUUCGCACUUCUUCGAUUGGCGUGGUCAACAGAUACCACUUCUGCCUUUCACAGCCAAUCAAGCUGGACAGGGCCGACCAUCGAGUCCGUCGAGGAGUACACCGCCUAGCAACCUCGCCAAUUCUAUCCCAGCGAUUUUAUACUACCCCUUCAACCCAUCAACGUGGGCAUCACCGACGUUACCUCAGACGCCUUUAUCUAAUCAAAAUAGUAUAAACAAGGCGCCUUCUGGUAUCAGUAGUUGGCUUUCUUACAUUCUACCAAAGAGUUGGUUAACAAAUGAUGAUGAUUAUGAUGUUGUCGAGCAAGACGAAAGCGAAAGUGAAGAAGUACAAAGUUCACCCGCUACACCGUACUCGCAUCAUAGGAGUACAACAUGGGCCAGGAUGGAAUUCCAAAGAGCUCGUGAAAGGGAACUUCAGAGAAUAAAAGAGUCGCAUAGUACACACAAUCAUGCGCAAUCAAUAGAUAACUAUCAACCAAACAACCAAAGCAGAAAUAAUUCGCAUCAAGAAGAAAUCGAAGCAUUGUUAGCAUCACUCGAACCUCAACUAUCCCAACAGCACAGCACUACAAACAAUUCAGACAAAUAAGAUUUUCCACUUUCUCUAAUUCUUUAAUACGAACUUUCAUGCAUAUCUGUAUUAAUCCUAUCUCAUUGCUUGGCUGCUUUAUCAUUGAGGAGAAAACUGAAACUUUCAUUGCGAUUAUGGGGGGCUGUUUGGCGAGGUAUAUUUACGUUUACCUGGGGCAUUUUUGAUGUAUUUUUUGCAGCUAAUGCUUGCGUUCUCUUACGCUCGAAUGCUGCCCUGUAUUUGUCAUAACCGUCCCUGAAACUCUUAUCAACACGAUGACUAAAGACGAGCUCGCCGCGAGGGUUCGUCGUUGGUGGUAAACUAGACAUGGCCUUCUGACGCUGUUGUGAAGCAACCUUUGCAGCUUUUGCGGGCCGCCUGAAGAGUGAAAAAGGAGUUGACGGGCUCAUAAGGCGCAUAUUGAGUGCCAUAUUGAACGAUCUGAGUGCCCUAUUGCAAUGUGGGACGUAUCUAGAAGACUGUAAGUGAGAGUGCCAAUAUUAAUGACAUUAUACACACCUAUUUGCAUAUGUGAUGCGUUCAGAAUAGACUCCAGACACAAAGAAGAGAAUGAGAGUGGUGAGAGUGAUGGUGAGCAUCGUCAUAUAAGCAUAUCCCCUGUACGUUUGCCUCUAUAAACGUGUGAGCAUCUUAUCGAUGUUUGAAUGCUAAUCAACCCACGUUUUGCUUAUCUAUUACAUUCCACGCAAGAACAGCAGAAGUUGAUAUCAGAAAAAGUAGAAAUACUUUAAUCCUAAGUAAAAUAGACCUAUAACGUUCACUUUACUUACACU